AUGGAAAUUCACAUGGUGAACUCAAUCACAAUUACCAAAGCUAAAGCUCUUACUCCUCAAUCAAAAUCUUCAAUUCACAAUCUUCAAGUCCAAUUAGACUUCUCGAAUUCUCAGCUUUCUGUCAGCUUUACUGAGAAUGAAAAAACCAAUACGGUUUCAAUUAGGGUUCCAAUUCCUAAGUUUCUAGCCCCUUUAGUUUCUAGCUUUGAUUUGUUGAAUUUGAGUGAUGAUAGAAAGAAUAAUGAGGGUUGGAAUUUGUUCAAGCCCCCAGGCAUUUUAUGGAAAUGCCACCUUUUAACUGGUGAGAGAUGGCCAAUAACUGGUUUGGAGCUUGCUGUUGUCCAUUCGGAGAAUCUGAAGUAUGAUCAUGAAGAGGAGUUUGUUGUUGACGAUUUCGGUGAUGAAGUCACGCUAGCACUGGCAUCAAAUUUCUCUGAAAAGGAGAUUCGAGGCUUGGUUGUUGUCAUUCAACCUUUCAUGCUUGAGAUUAUAGUGAUUAAGUGUGCAAACAUGAUGUGUCUGCACCUUUUUUUAGAAGCCUGGAAAACUACAAGAGCUAUGAAACUCAUGGAAAAUCAGAGAUCUUUCCUUAAUAGGUUUCUUGGAGAUGCUUUUAUUGCUAAAUUCUAUAAUCUCUCUAAAGAUAUUGAGUGGAAACAAUUAUGCUGUCAGUGCCCAUCUAUUGUUGGAGUUUAUCCAAGUGCCAAUGGUUAUGUGUGUGUAGAUGAUGGAGUUGGACUUUUUAAAUGCUACAUUUCCUCUUGUCUGCUUGUUGGUGGAUCAGGUGACUUGUUCAGGAAAUAUACUUUGGAGAGAAUCUCCACAAGCCAGCUAGUAAAAAAUGCAAUAGAUGAGUCAUCAUUUAAGACUGUAGCCAGGGAUUUGAGGAACAAAUCUCCCAUGCUGCAAGUUGUUUCUUUUGAAUCCAAAUUCAUGGUGCUGUAG